AUGUCUCUCAACCGUAUCUCCUUCCUCGAGGCGUGGGAGCACAGCCGGUACCCACGCGGCCGGCCCGCCGACGAUUUGGAAUCCGACGAGGAGCCAGACGUCUACCAAGACCUGCCUGACUCGCCGCUCUCCUCGUCAUUUCCCUCGACGUACUCCCGUCUGAACUUCAAUCCCUAUGCGGGGUCCGGCUGGACCGAGUCCGUCGCCGGUGAUGACGACCCUAAUGAACGGCAGUCGACCUUUUUGGGGUUGUCGCCCACGACCACGCGCGAGAGCUAUGCUAAUAUGCAUGUCCCUGGACAUGUGGAUCCCAGCCGAAACUACUCAGUAGUGCCGGAAUAUGAUUAUGAUUCGACUAGUCUGGGUCAGGCCCAGGUGGGGUUAAAAGAGCCGCCGCAAUGGGCUGUGGAUGAGACGACAGGGGCAUUUGAAGUGAGGCCUGCGAAGAGGAUUGCACAGGUGUGUAUCGCAGUAAUCUACUGCUUCCUCGCAGCAGGAAUAGUCUUCGGCUUCGCGGCUCUGAAACCCAUUCUCAUUCGCGAGAAAGUAUACCGCAACCUCUGCUCCCGGGCGGAGCUGGAUGAGGAUGUGAGCGUGUGUAAUGGGCAGCAGAUCAGGUUGAAUCUGAUGUUCACCAUCGCCGCUGUAGUAACAAAUGUCUCCGCGCUACCCGUGGGAACAAUCUUAGAUGCGUACGGCCCACGAGUAAGCGGACUCAUCGGCAGCGCAUGCCUAGCCAUUGGCGCGCUUCUCUUCGCCUUCGCGGCAAAUAUGCCUUUCGACGGGUAUAUCCCGGGGUAUCUAUUCCUGUCGCUCGGCGGACCUUUCGUCUUCAUUUCGUCCUUUCAUCUGUCAAAUACAUUCCCAAAGCGCUCGGGACUGAUCUUGUCAAUGCUAACGGGUGCAUUCGACGCAUCAAGCGCUGUGUUUCUAAUCCUUCGACUGCUAAACGAGAAUACGAGCGUGGUUUCCACCCGAUCCUUCUUCUUGGUCUAUCUCGCUGUCCCCGUAUUCAUCGCGGUCGCCCAGAUACUGGUUAUGCCGGGGACCUCGUACAAAACAGCCGGCGAGCUCGUGCACCAGGCCGAGGCGCAUCUCGUCGCGGAAAUGCAUGACCGAGUCGAUGACCGUAUCGAGAAUCGACAUGAGAGCGAGCGUCAACGGACUAGUCGCCGCGUGCAUAGGCAAGAUAUCGUGAAUCAGAUUCAGGAUCUGUUGGACGAUGGAACGGCCUCCGUGGCGGAGACUGUUGGCAUUGAUGACUCGAUUUUCCAGGGAGAUCUGGAUAAUCCGCAACCUCAACCAGUCCACACCACCAAUGCAAACCCUCAACACCCCAUUAAAGCACCACCACCACCACUACCAAACACCAGCGGCGUCUGGGGCGUCCUCCACAACCACUCACCUCUCCAACAGAUUCUCACACCAUGGUUCAUCCUAAUCGCCACAUUCACCGUACUAAUGAUGCUCCGCAUAAACUACUUCGUCGCCACAAUCCGUCAACAAUACACCUACCUCCUGUCCCCCACACAAGCCACAACCUUGAACUCCAUCUUCGACGUCCUCCUCCCAGUCGGUGGACUCAUCUCCGUGCCCUUCACCGGGAUAUUCCUCGACACCUUCCAGACACGAACGGUUCUCACGCUGUUAGCGGGAUUAGCAACACUGAUCGGCGUGCUGGGGUGUAUCAGAGACAGCGUGCCUGCGGCGUAUGCGAAUAUUGUCCUCUUCGUGCUGUACAGACCGUUCUAUUACACAUCCGUCUCGGACUAUGCGGCAAAGGUCUUCGGGUUCCGCGCCUUUGGAAAGGUGUAUGGGCUGAUUAUCUGUCUUGCUGGCGUGGGUAAUUUCGCGCAGGCGGGUUUGGAUGCCCUCACGCUGCGUACUUUUGGCGGGAAUCCUGUGCCGGUCAACGUCGUUCUCACGUUGGUUGUUGCUGUGGUGGGGACGGCACUUGCGGGGUUUGUGGCGUGGAGGACGAUUGUUUUGGAGGCUGCGGCAGAUCAACAACAGGGAGAUGGGGUUGGAGAGGGGGAUGGGCAGGGUGUGCAAAGUCCAGCUCUAGGUCCAGCUCGUACAGGCAACACUGAUGAUGAUGCGUUGUCUGGUGUCGCAGCUAGAGACUGGGAGACAGAGGAGCAGCCUCUGUUGCAGGGACAGCACCGUCCGUCAUAUGGUGUUGUAUAG